AUGACUCAUCAACAAGCAUCGAGAGGAAAUUCUCACAUGAAUCAGUAUGAAGAAUUAAAUGGAGUAUCGAUGACAAAUGGGGGUAUAAAUGGUAGCGGUUCAGGUGCCGGUACAACAGGAGUCACAAAUUCAACAUCAGGAGUAGGAGUUACAGGAACAAAUCAAAAUACUGAGAAUUCCGCAAAAAGUGUACAGGAGGCGCCACACCGCGAGGACAAUCUGAAAUCACAGAGCCGACGUAUUGGAUCGGCAGCAAAGACCGUCGGUAGCUCGUCGGAGAACGCGGUUGCUGAAAAGCACGUAAUCGACGACGACACCGAGGAGGAGGAAGAGGAAGAGGACGAGGACGAGGACGAGGAGGAUCAUAUAGAGGAGGACGAAGAGGAAGACGAGCAAGUAGUAAGAGAGCUAAGACGUGAGGGUAAUAUUAGGAUGCCGUCAGUUGAAACUGGGGAAUUUAGUGGUGGAAACGUCGCCACCGGAGGUGGCAUGGGCGGCUACUGGAGGCAGAGUAGACCCUCCAGUCCCCGCAUGCCGCCUCCUGAGCAACCGGAGUCCAGGCCAAAGAGCCGACACGACUCUAUUGCUAAUUCUACAAUCACUACUACAACUAGAUACAAUAAUCUUGGAUAUUGGAGAGCUAGACGUGUUACUUUUUAUAAAAAUGGAGAUCCUUAUUUUCCUGGUGUGGAAUUUAGAUUCAAACCUGGACGUGAUAUUGGAUCACUGGAAGCACUUCUUGAUCGGCUGUCUCUGCGUCUUGAUCUUCCACGAGGUGCGCGUCAUAUUUUUUCGAUGGACGGAGAUAGAAAGCUCAAUCUUGAUGAGCUUGAAGAUGGAGCUUCUUAUGUCGUGUCUAGUUACAAAACAUUCAAGCCGGCGAGCUACGGGAAAAAGGGCAACACCUGGUACACACCACCAGGAGGUGUUAGUAGGGCUGGAGCAGGAGGCGGAUGGCAAAGUCGACCCCCAGCGGUAGCGAGUCUCAGCAGAAAAGCUUCAAUUACUGAAGAAGCGCCACCCCCAGGGGGUGGAAAACCCUCCUCCGGUCGGGUUAUUCGUAUUGUCAACAAUCUUGACCAUACUGUCCAGUGUCGUGUACUGUUGAACUUAAGGACAUCGCAGCCUUUUGAAGAAGUUCUUGAAGACCUGGGCCAAGUGUUGAAAAUGAACGGGGCCAAGAGAAUGUUUACAGUCUCAGGACAAGAGGUCCGCAGCUUUUCUCAAUUGAGAAAUGAAUUUGCUGAUGUGGAUACAUUUUACCUGGGAACUGGAGCAUCAAUGGGUAUUAGCGGUGCCUCAAUGGUAAGCUCAUCCCCAGCUCGUAGAUCGCGAUCUCGUGGACCACCGGCAUUACAAAUGUCUGGAGCUAGUGAAGAUGUCGUUCGACAACGACGUGCACGUAGUAAAAGUCGUCCACGUGCCCUUUAUGCCGCGGAUUCUGAAGUCGUACGAGUUAAUGAUUACAGUGUCGUCGAAGUACUGAGAGAAGAACCAGCCCGCGUAACAAUAAGAGGAUUAAGGCGGUCGUUUUAUCCUCCAUCGCACUUGCCUCUGGUUGACAAUUCACCUCCUGAUAAAAAACUUCAACUCGAGUGGGUCUACGGAUACCGAGGGACAGACACCCGGAGAAAUUUAUGGGUUUUACCAAGUGGAGAACUUUUAUAUUACGUCGCAGCUGUUGCUGUUCUAUUUGACCGCGAGGAAAAUACGCAACGUCACUAUAUUGGUCAUACAGAAGACAUCACUUGUAUGGAGAUACAUCCAAGUAGAGAACUUGUAGCUUCUGGACAACGUGCUGGUAGACAUCGCAAAGCACAACCGCAUGUUCGUAUCUGGUCCACGGAAACUCUUCUCACGCUUUAUGUUUUUGGAAUGACGGAGUUCCAAAUGGGAGUAUCAGCCCUCGCGUUUUCCCAACUUAAUGGAGGAAGUUAUGUUCUUGUUGUUGAUUCGGGACGAGAAGCCAUCUUAUCUGUAUGGCAGUGGCAAUGGGGUCAUCUUCUUGGAAAAGUUGCGACUCUACAAGAAGAUUUAACCGGAGCAGCGUUUCACCCCCUAGAUGACAAUCUUCUAAUAACUCACGGUCGCGGUCACUUAACAUUUUGGAACCGUCGUAAAGAUGGAUUUUUUGAGAGAACUGAUAUCAUUAAACCACCAUCGAGAACUCACGUUACAAGUAUUCAAUUCGAGCAAGAUGGCGACGUAGUAACAGCAGACAGCGACGGAUUUAUAACAAUUUAUUCAGUGGAUGCGGACGGCGCUUAUUUUGUUCGUAUGGAAUUCGAAGCCCAUAAUAAGGGUAUAAGUUCUCUAGUAAUGCUUUCCGAAGGUACUCUAUUAUCCGGUGGUGAAAAGGAUCGUAAAAUAGCUGCUUGGGAUUCGCUACAAAAUUACAAACGAAUUACCGACACUAAGCUGCCAGAAUCAUCAGGAGGAGUACGAAGUAUUUACCCACAGAGACCGGGAAGAAAUGACGGAAAUAUUUACGUCGGAACAACGCGUAAUAAUAUCCUUGAAGGCUCGUUGCAACGGCGAUUUAACCAAGUCGUUUUUGGACAUGGAAGACAACUUUGGGGACUCGCUGUUCAUCCGGAUGACGAAGUAUUUGCGACUGCGGGGCAUGAUAAAAAUAUCGCGCUUUGGAGAAGACACAAAUUGCUUUGGACGACUCAAGUUGGAUUCGAGUGUAUUUGCAUCGCAUUCCAUCCAUUCGGUGUCGCUUUGGCAGCCGGUUCGUCUGAAGGUCAUCUUCUUGUACUAGCAGCUGAUACCGGAGCUGCAGUAGCGACUCUCCGCGUUUGCGGUUCACCUUUAUCGUGUAUUGGAUAUAAUCCAACGGGUGAAAUAAUAGCAAUGGGAUCACAAAAUGGCAGCGUCUAUUUAUUCCGUGUGUCUCGCGACGGAUUUUCUUACAAAAAGAGCAAUAAAAUUCGCGGUACCCAGCCAUUGGUUCAACUUGAUUGGAGCUCGGAUAGUAGAUUCUUACAAACAGUUACUCAAGACUACGAUCUAGUUUUCUGGGAUGUUAAAGCUCUACAAUCUGAGAAAAGUCCGAUUGUUAUGAAAGAUGUCAAGUGGCACACUCAUAAUUGUACUGUCGGCUACAUGGUUUCCGGCAUGUGGAACAAUCGUUACUAUCCACUGACGACAGUGAUAACGACAUCAAGUCGCUCAGCAGCUCAUGAUAUGCUAGUGAGUGGAGAUGCCGAAGGAUAUUUAAGACUCUUUAGAUUCCCAUGUACCAGCGCAAAAGCUGAGUACGUUGAAGAAAAAGUUUACAGUUCACUUGUGGCAUGUGCUAGAUUUUUAUACAACGAUCAAAAUGUUGUAACCGUCGGUGGUACUGAUGCAGCUCUCAUGCUUUGGGAAUUAGUAGACGAAUAA